GCUCCGGGCUGUAAGGGCGGAGGGUGGCGGCAGCGCUGGCGCUAGGGACAGGCUCGGUGGCUUCGGGAGACAGUCCGGCGACGGCGUCCGCUUGCUUUCCUCGGCAUCCCGCCCUCGGCACGGCUCGCAGUCCCCUCGCCACCCGCGUCCGGCAAUGUGUCCCACCGGCCGGGCGUAGCCGCUGCGCGUGCGCGGAACCGCGGGGCCAUGAGCGAAGCCGGUGGCUGCCGGGGCUGUGGGUCUCCGGUCCCUCAGCGAGCGCCAUGGAGCCUGGUGGCGACGACGGCCGCUCUCUGCCUGGUGACGGCCACGUCCGUGUGGACGGCCGGGGCCGCGCCCAUGAGUAGGGAGGAGAAACAGAAGCUUGGGAAUCAAGUACUGGAAAUGUUUGAUCAUGCUUAUGGUAACUAUAUGGAACAUGCUUACCCAGCCGAUGAACUCAUGCCUUUAACCUGCAGAGGUCGUGUCAGAGGCCAGGAGCCAAGUCGGGGUGAUGUCGACGAUGCCCUGGGGAAGUUUUCCCUGACACUGAUCGAUUCUUUGGACACUCUUGUGGUAUUAAAUAAAACUAAAGAAUUUGAAGAUGCAGUGAGAAAAGUUUUAAGAGAUGUUAAUUUAGAUAAUGAUGUAGUUGUAUCAGUCUUUGAAACAAACAUCAGAGUUCUGGGGGGUCUUCUGGGUGGACACUCACUGGCAAUCAUGCUGAAAGAGAAGGGCGAGCACAUGCAGUGGUACAACGAUGAGCUUCUGCAAAUGGCCAAGCAGCUGGGUUACAAGCUCUUACCAGCUUUCAAUACUACCAGCGGCCUUCCUUAUCCAAGAAUUAAUUUAAAGUUUGGUAUCAGAAAACCAGAAGCUCGGACAGGAACUGAGACCGAUACCUGUACAGCGUGUGCAGGUACCUUGAUCCUUGAGUUUGCUGCUUUAAGUCGAUUCACAGGAGCAACAAUAUUUGAGGAAUAUGCAAGAAAAGCUCUUGAUUUUCUCUGGGAAAAAAGACAGCGAAGUAGUAAUUUAGUGGGUGUGACCAUAAAUAUUCAUACUGGAGACUGGGUACGAAAAGACAGUGGAGUUGGAGCGGGCAUUGAUUCCUAUUAUGAAUAUCUAUUGAAAGCCUAUGUCUUGCUUGGAGAUGACAGUUUUCUGGAAAGAUUUAAUACACACUAUGAUGCCAUCAUGCGAUACAUCAGCCAGCCCCCGCUGCUCCUCGACGUGCACAUCCACAAGCCGAUGCUGAACGCGCGGACCUGGAUGGAUGCUUUGCUUGCCUUUUUCCCAGGCCUGCAGGUCUUAAAGGGGGAUAUUAGACCUGCUAUUGAAACUCAUGAAAUGUUAUAUCAGGUGAUUAAAAAACACAAUUUUCUACCAGAGGCAUUUACCACAGAUUUCAGGGUACAUUGGGCUCAACAUCCUUUAAGACCAGAAUUUGCAGAAAGUACCUACUUCCUGUAUAAAGCUACAGGAGACCCUUACUACCUUGAAGUAGGGAAAACACUUAUUGAAAAUUUAAAUAAAUAUGCUAGAGUGCCUUGCGGAUUUGCUGCCAUGAAGGAUGUUCGUACUGGAAGUCAUGAGGACAGAAUGGAUUCUUUCUUCUUGGCUGAAAUGUUCAAAUAUCUUUACCUGUUAUAUGCGGAUAAAGAAGAUAUUAUUUUUGACAUAGAAGAUUACAUAUUCACCACAGAAGCUCAUCUGUUACCCCUUUGGCUCUCUACUACAAAUCAAAGCGCCUCUAAGAAGAACACAACUUCAGAGUAUAUAGAACUGGAUGACAGUAAUUUUGAUUGGACUUGUCCAAAUACUCAGAUUCUCUUCCCUAAUGAUCCACUGUACGCGCAGAGCAUUCGCGAGCCCUUGAAAAAUGUGGUGGAUAAGAGCUGUCCUAGAGGCAUCAUCAGAGUAGAGGAGAGUUUCAGGAGUGGAGCUAAACCCCCUCUGAGAGCCAGAGAUUUCAUGGCCACUAACCCCGAGCAUUUAGAAAUCUUGAAGAAGAUGGGGGUGAGUUUGAUUCACCUGAAAGAUGGGCGAGUCCAGUUGGUUCAACACGCAAUCCAAGCCGCCAGCUCCAUUGACGCGGAAGACGGGCUGAGGUUCAUGCAGGAGAUGAUCGAGCUGUCGAGCCAGCAGCAGAAGGAACAGCAGCUGCCCCCGCGAGCCGUGCAGAUCGUGUCCCACCCGUUCUUCGGCCGAGUCGUGCUGACAGCCGGGCCGGCGCAGUUCGGCCUGGACCUGUCCAAACACAAAGAGACAAGAGGAUUUGUUGCAAGCAGUAAACCAUACAAUGGUUGUUCAGAGCUUACUAACCCUGAGGCAGUGAUGGGAAAAAUUGCUCUGAUACAAAGAGGACAGUGCAUGUUUGCAGAAAAGGCUCGCAACAUCCAGAACGCCGGGGCCAUCGGCGGCAUUGUUAUCGAUGACAAUGAGGGGAGCAGCAGUGACACGGCCCCUCUGUUCCAGAUGGCAGGGGAUGGAAAGGACACAGAUGACAUCAAGAUCCCCAUGCUGUUCUUAUUCAGCAAAGAAGGAAGUAUCAUAUUGGAUGCUAUCCGGGAGUAUGAGGAGGUGGAAGUGCUUCUUUCUGACAAAGCAAAAGAUCGAGCAGCAAUAUUAAAAGAUCCUGAAAUGGAAAGCGAAGAACAGCCGUUCUCUGAAAAUGAUUCCCAGAAUCAGAGCACUGAUCAGCUUACUUCAGGCUCUCAGGAGGUGGACUUGGGUGAUCAAGAGUCUCCUGAGGAAAGCUCUCUGAACUCGCACCCGGAAUCCUUAUCUGCAGCAGCUGCAGACGAUGCUGCAAGCGUGUCUCCUUCUGAACAGAACUCUAACCCCCCGGAAAACCAUGAACCUGCAAGUCUUGAUGGUGAAUGUACAGAUUUAGAUAACCAACUUCAAGAACAAUCAGAAACUGAGGAAGAUUCCAAUCCCAACGUUAGCUGGGGGAAAAAGGACCAGCCCAUAGACUCCAUAUUAGCAGACUGGAAUGAAGAUAUAGAAGCAUUUGAAAUGAUGGAGAAAGAUGAACUAUGACUCACUGAAGAAUCAGGUGGUAGGUAUUUUAAAAGGAAAGGUAAACUGUGGUUCACAGACCCCUCAUACUGAGCAGGCUCUCCAGUGGGAGGCUUUGAGUAUGGUGACGAGCACCCACGUCCUGGCUGGGAGAGCGGGUUAUCAGAGGAGCCUGGAGCUCGCUGUGUUAGAAUUGACCUUGUUUGAGACUGGCCCAUGAGAAAUGGAGACUCACAGCCCCCUCCGACGGCAGCACCCCAGGCCGGGAGAAGACUGCUGGACUCGCCUAGGAGCCAGGUUUCUGCGGGCUCUGGAUAGACGAGAAACAAAUUCGGUUGGUAGUGGCGUGGGGACUAGGAAUUUGUAUUGCUCUCUGACUAAAGGAAGCUCUGCUUUCUUGGGCUGGGGCUUACAGCUUCCUUUGGGAAACACGUGUGUAUUGUGGGCCUUCUGGUCGUGCUGCCUUCACAAAAACACUCGAAGUGGCCUAAGCGGUUGUGAAGCAAAUGUGUUCACAGUGAAAACAGCCUUUGCUCUUCUCUCUCACUCGCUUCAUUGUAUAACAGAUCAAGAUGACUUGAUUUUUUUCCCUCUUAACAAGGUCCUUUUCAUUUAAACCAAAGGUGAAGCCAUUGAACUUCCUCAGUGAGCUCUCUGCAUAACGAGUAAUCAUUAUUCAGACCAGGUAAAAAGAUCAUAUAAUAUAUUGUGGAAACUGGUUACUUAAUACCUUUGAAAAAUGGAGCAAGGGAGAAACUAUAAUGUUGCAAUAUGAACUUGCCACUGGGCCUUCCACAGGGAAAGCUGUGACUACUCUGAGAAGGAACUUAAUGUUAUAUGUCCUUGUAGGGUAAAUGGUAAAUCUGUCCAGUUCAUUUCUCCUAGAGGUGAUUACCUCUGGUCCUCAGCCUUACUCCAUCCCACGUUUAGUGUGCAGUUUGAGCCGCAAGGCCCAUAGAGCUGAAAGCUAAAUACAUUUUGUUCCAUUUUUCAUCUUAGGAAGCUAUCUUAAAACUGUGGUAAUGAUCUAAAAAUUCUGGGGUAAUAUAUAUAUUUUUUCUCUUUUGAAACUAUGGUUUCUAAAGUUGUACCUAAGGGAUCUGUCACAUGUUCUGUUGAAUCAUGGUUUUUAAGUUUGCCUUUUUUUUUUUUUGAAACAAAUAUGUCUUCUGAUGUGGACUUGAAAAUUAGUCUAUGGUAACCUGUGUAAAAAACUUACACAGUAGCAACUAACAUAUAGCCAUAUUGUUUAAUAAAUUUUUUUUUUUUUUUUUGGUGGCAGUCUGGUGCUGGCCACAUUGAAGUUUUAAUUUUUUGUUGUUGAUAUCUGUAAGCAGCCCUGUAGUCGAAAUAAUGGCUUUAUUCAGUUUAUUUAUUUUGAAAGACUGAACCUGAAUCAGUUCUAAAGGAGUAUUUGUGAGACUUCAUUUUCUCCCUCUUCACCGUGACAAUACAUGGUGACCUCCUCCUAAAACAGCUGUGAGGUACUGAUGGCCUGCAAGUGGGUGCGGAGCUGUUAAGGAACGGCAGUGCUGUCUUGUAGUUAUGUAUAUUCAUGUACAGUAUGUCUUAGAUCCAGGUAAACAUAUUCUUUUAUAAGGGGAUAAAUAGCUGCUUUCAGAAAUCCAGCUCAACUUAAUUGGGUCAGUGAGUAAUCAAUCUAAUAGAGAAUUCACUUUGGUGGGGGGAUGGCGGGGGACAGAGUAGUACACGAGACCCCCAUUGGCCCUCAAUUAAACCUGACACCAAAAUGGAUAUUUUUAGUCACUGCAUGUGAAAUCUGGUGUAAGAAGAUAGAACUAUAAUACACAGAGUAUACAAAGGGUAGACAUAGUGCUUUGUUCACCUUAAUUGCAAAGCUGCCAAAAUAGCUGAAGCUUAAUUACUUGACUUGCCUUGAUUUAUAGGACUGGGGCUUGGAGAAAAGGAGCAAAUGUUUCUCUAAGAGACUUUCAUUACAGAAGCCUUAUAUUUAGUGAUUUGUUUCUGUUUAUAGUGCAGAGCCAUUGUUGUCUAAAUCUCACUUUUCUAAAGUUACAAAACAAUUUUUUUUUCCAGCAAAGGUUUUGUGGCAUGUAAGGUAAAGCCAGCUUACUGCCGCUCUCCCUCCCUCUGGCCAUUAGGGGGAGCUGUUGCCAUUCAUUGAGGUCUAGAAGCAAAUUGCUCACUUGUUUAGAAAAGUGAAUCCUUAAAAAAAUAUAUAUAUUUUUUAAAUAUUUUAAAAAAGGAAUAAAAAAUUAACAAAUUAUACUCAACACCCCGGAGGAAUUAUACUUGAUUUUUCCCCCAUUUAAGAAAAGAAGGUACAAGGUUUGGCUUCAAAACUCCAACAUUGUGAUUGACUCUACAUUUCUUAUUUGACAUACUGCCAUGAAGUUGUUUUUGAGAUCAUUAAAAAAUUCCAACAGCACUAGGAGUUUUUUAAGUUUUUUUUUGUUUGUUUGUUUGUUUUUAAUACCAUCUAUGGGGGCUUUUAUUUACUUGCUAAAGAUUCAGGGGCUUCUACCCUGGAUUUUAGAAACAUCUGGUCUACCUCAGUUAAAUGUCGACUGCAUAGAAAUAGAGCUGAAGUGAUCACCACAGCCAUAAAACUGUUUGACUAAGAAGGAUCUAUACAAUGUUUACAAACCUGGAAUCAAGGGAGGGUUUUAUCUGAAAGCUAAAAGUGAGAUAUUAGAACAAGUAUUUAAUUCAGGUAUUUUCAAGUUUUAAAACUUAAUCUUGUUUACCAACUAAAAAUAGCUGUAGUUUUUCUGCUUAUCAAAGUCCUUUGAAAAGAUAUACCCUAAUUGGCAACACUUUUCCCAUAAAGUUUUAGGUGUGAAAGAAUUGUAAUUACUAGGCGUGUUUGGGGUAGGAUAUUUUGUUGGGCAGGUUUUCUUUUUUCCUUUCAACUUUACUAGGCUUCCGACAAGAAUACAGUUGUUGUUAUAGUAAAACCAGCAUUUGUUCUCUCACCAGACCCCAUGCCAAAUUCAUCGUAAGGAAAGCUCGGCAUAAGUAAUUCAAAUAGCGCUUAAAAUGUAGAGGUGUCGUGGGGGGACUUAGUAAAUAUUCCAACCGGUCGUUUUAUGCACAAGGCUUCAGUCAGAACAUAGAAAAAAACAUUCUGUGAAUGAAAUAUUGUAUGUUCAGAUUUUAUAAAAGACAUUUUUAAAAGCCCAAUUUACAGCCGUAUAUUUUCUUAUGAUGUAAUUUAUGAAAAAGAUGUCUGUACUAACAGGUGCUGUAACACUACUGUUGUUGGAUUUUAUUGUUUGGUGAUAAAUGUAAACAAUAUUUCUAAGGGGAAGAUAUGUACUGUGAUGUAAAAGUCUGGGCAAAAUGUAUAUAAUCCUUGUA